AUGGAGGAGAUAGAGCUACAUAUUAUCAAAAAUGAGAUAAUAAAAAUAGGAGAUAAGCAAAUAGAUAGUGAUGACAUAUUUCAUUUGUGUAAAAGAAUACAGAGGAGCAGAAUAACACAAUGCAUUGAAGCCAUUUUGGAGUGCAUUUUUUACAUGCCAGUGAAGAUAGGAAUAUAUGCAACUAUAUUGGGCAUAAUAACGAAGGAUAAUGAGAAGCUGAAGCUGCAAUUGUUUUUGAAGCUAAAUCAUAAUAUAGAAGUUUUUAUAAAGGAUAACUCCCUGCACUGUUUAUUAUGGAUAAGGUGUAUAAUCGCUUUAAGUUGUUGCCAUGUGUUUCCAUUUGCUCAAUGUUUGAAUUUAUUUAAAAAUUUGUACCAACUGUGUAUCGAAUUGUACAAGGAAAAGGAGUUUAUAAAGGGGGACAAUAUAUUGUAUUUGUUUUUAAGCAAUUUCUUUUAUAUAUCGAAGCAGAUAUAUGAUGAGAAUAAAGAGGACUUGGAUAACAUGCUUACUAGCUGUUUCGAUUUAAUUGAAAAAAGACAAGAGCAUAUUGAUAAUAUAGACCUAGACAAUAAUGAUGUGGCGACUAUCGAGUAUAUAUACAUCUACAUUAACAGUGUUAUACAUAGUGAUAAUUUUUACGAUAGGUUAUUUUAUUUGAAAAAUGCGCUAUACAAUUAUGUGGAGAAUAAUUUAAAAAGCGUGGCAACGCAUAGGUUUUAUCAGAAGGAAAUAUUUCAAAAUAUAUUUUUAAAGAAGGAGGGUUUGGAGGAUGGUGUAUCUGGUGAGGAACAGGAAUCCGAUAUUCACAGGAUUGUUCUUCUAGAAAAUGGAGAUGACGAUUUGGAUGGCGGAGGGGAUCACGCUUUGCAAAACGAUGUAAACAAUUCUGGUAAAGACACCUCUGGUGUUGCAUCACUACAGAAUUACAAGAAGAAAGAAAUAACCCUUUCAAUGGCUAUCGAGAAGUGCACAAAUGUAGAAUUCUUUGCCAACUACGAAUGCGCGCAGAGUAUCUUCAGUCUUCAAAUUAAAUUUCAGACAAAGCAUGCAGAUAGUAAAAACGUGCAUGAUGUGUGGUUAAUGCAAGAGCAUAUUUUACACAUCAUCGAACUGUAUAACAAUAGUGUUGAAUUCAGCUCCAAAAUAUUAGGCCUGUACGUUCAACUACAGAGCAAAUUAUACAAUAAUGUGUUAAUCGAAUGCAUUAUCAACAAGUUGCUAUCGUCAUUUAAUAAAAAAAAUUACUACUUUUAUAUAUCCCUUGUUCAUAGAUUAUUGUUAAUAAAUAAAAAUUUGGGGAGUGUAAUUAUCAGAUGUAUUAAAUUUGUUUUGAAGCAAAUUGGGAAGUUGGACAACGAAUCCUUUUAUCUGUUCAUGGAGCUCUGUCUAUACAUGUUGUCCUACUUUGCCUACGAGAAUAAGGUUCUGAAGAGCAAGGAAAACUUUUUUAAAAGGAGGUAUAAUGACAUGAAUAAAAUUCUAAAAGUGCAGGAAGAGAACCUGCAGAAGAUGGGCCAAGAUACCCAAGAAGGAGGGGAGCCCGACCAAAACAGGAAGAAGAGGAAACGAGACGAGGGGGAGCCGAGUGAGCAGCUAAAUGGAAAUCCAAAUGAGGAGGCACAUGAGCAGCUAAAUGGAAAUCCAAAUGAGGAGCCAGAUGAGCAGCUAAAUGUGCAACCAAAUGAAGACCCUAAUGAAUACCCCAACGACGGCGACAACCAGGGAGCCACGGGCACCGGCACAAAGAGAAACCCCGUCAUCCUGAAAAAAAAUGAAAGCACACUGAACGCGAUGAAAAACUUGGAUUGCAAAAUGCCCUUCUGCAUUGAAGCGGACGUAAGGUACAGCUCGGAUGAGGAGGAUGAUGGUAAAGAAAAUGAAGAUGCUGAUGAAGGGCAAAAAGAUGAAAGGGACGAACAUGAGGAAGAGGAAAGUGAAGAUGAAGAAGAUGACGCAGAAAAUGACCAAACUGAUGGUAAUAAACACAUUUUUGACUCCCAGAGUUUUAAGGAGGAAUUGGAAAAUCUAGACAUGGGAGAAAACUUAAAAAAGUUCACCAAUUUAAUGUAUAGUGUGAAAAAAAAAUAUUGCCGAAAGUGGACACGAAAUUUUUAUUUUAAAUCGUGUUCAUUAAUAUAUAAAAACGAGUUAGAAAAUUUGAUUCCCAAAUCGGUUAUUACCUACUGCAACAGUUUUAAGUGUGAUGUGGAUCGUGAUCACGAAACCUUUCACGAGUAUGCCAUUUUUAACUCCAUUUUGAAGUACUCCAUUGACGAGAUUAACAAUAUAGAAGAUCAAUUUUAUGACAUGAGCAGAGAGGAUGAUUAUAAUAACGAUGUUGAGCAGAGGGCUUUGGACAAAUUUAAAGAUUCGAUUAAUAAUUUUAUUCAAACGUUUUUAAAUUAUUUAAAUGAAAAAACGUGUCUACACAAAGUCCCCCAUUAUUUUGAUAACGUAGAAAAAAAUAUUCAGCAAUGGGAUAACCUUUCAAGUACGAAUUUGGAUAGCGGCAUUUUUGACGGCUACAUUGUUCCAAGUGAUUUUACAGAUAGUGAUGAGUGUUGGAACAGUUACAGUAUUUUAAUUUUGUUUUUUAAGGCUCUCAUAUUUUUUGAUUCUUCAAAUGUUUCUUCUUUGAAAAAGACGUUCAAAAAUCACGCGGUCAUUUUUUCGAAUUAUAAAAAUUCGGGUGUAUUAACAUCUGAGGAGAAAGUUCUCGAGUUUGAAAUAGAAUUAUUGUCAAUCGUGUACGCCUACUUUAACAACUCCAUUUUGCUGAACGCUAUUGUUGCGAUUUUGCUUGAGAACGAAAUCGUCCAGGAGUUGUCCGUCAUGCAUUUUAUUUUUGUGAAAUUGGAGGAUUCCAGCUUAGACGAAUACUACGUGCUCAAACUGAUUUACGAAAGCAUAGACAAUCUAAUCAUAAGGAAGGAAUGCACGGAUGUGGAAAAGAGCAAGCUGAAGAGGAAGCAAGCCAAGAACGAAAAUGAAAUGUUAAUAAAAGAAUUGGAAGAUAAAAAGAAUGAGCUCAUUCAGAAGGUUUUUCUUUUGACCAAUAAAACAAUUUCCAUGCUAAGUGAAAAAAUGAUAAAAUUAAAAAGUGAAAAUAACGCAUACAUGAGUAAGGAGCUGUUAAAAGAGUCCUUGGUGUUUUUACGUACGUACGCCGAUUAUGUCGAUGCUGACCAAUUUUUGCAACUGUGCCAGGAAAACAGUUUUGCCUCAGAAUUGACAGAAUUAGCAACUAUUUUUAAGUACGCUAGUUUGAAAAAGAAGAACAUCGAAGGGAAUUAG